AAAGUUCCUGAACACUCUGGAGCUCCUCCAGUCAGAAUAUAAGAGCUGGGGCAGACCCACUGCUGAGACAGAAAGCAACGCAGAAGAAAACACACACACUUUAUCAAGAGGACUCAACACAGAACACACACUGAAGAUGCUCUGCUCUCAUGGAUUCCAGUCUGCCAGUCUCAGUCCAUUCAUGGGCUUCGACUGGCUUGCACGCAGUCUGAGGUCAGAGGUCCAACCUCUGCUCUACCAGCAGGAUCUACUGCAGAGAAACCUACCGGAGCUCCGCAGCAGUCUGGAGCUGAUGGACAAACUUCGACACGAGAUCCUGGAGGAGACGGAGCCCUCCCAACCGGUCUCCUACCAGCUGGAGAAAGAUGGAGAGCACUUCGGCCUGAGCCUGGACACCCGAGGCUUUUCUCCAGAGGAGCUGUCCGUCAGACAGGUGGGCCGGACGCUGACAGUCAGCGGGAAGACAGAGAAGAAGCAGGACGACGGGAAAGGCUCGUACUCUUACAGACGCCAGGAGUUCAGACGAGAGUUUGACCUGCCUGAAGGGCCGAACCCCGAAGCCGUCACCUGCUACCUGGCUCCAGACGGGAAGCUCCACAUCCAGGCGGCCACAGCUCCGUGUGUGGAGGAGGCCGAGAGAGAGCUGACUAUCGGGAGGAGCUUGGAGGAGGAAACACAGCAGAGUGUGCGUUCACACACAGAAGGCAGCAGCACAGAGACACACAGCAGCACACAGGACCAACCUGAAAACAUCGGCUCAUCUGCAUGUUGCUGCAACAAUGAAUAGUACAUGUUUCUGUAUUUUGUAUGAUCAAUAAAUGUCUUGAAACUUGA